GUAUUCCCCGGGCAAGAUUAAUUGACUCUCCCAAUGUCCCCUCAUGCUUCCCGUCGUGAUACUAUCGCCCAUCCCAGUCGAGGGCGGGAGUGAGCUGCAUUCGAUUCCAGUGGCACGCAUGUAGCUACCUCAAGCACGCCUUUACAGCUCGUAUCCUAUUAUUUUCUGCAUGAACAGUAGUUAGUUUACCAGCAGGAUGCCAGGCAAGGCAGCUGACCGGUUCAAACCUGGGGACUUGGUCUUCGCCAAGAUGAAGGGCUUCCCUCACUGGCCGGCAAGGAUAAUCAAGGGCGAGGGCUCCAAGAAGAAGGUUCCGGUGUUCUUCUUUGGAACCCAUCAGACAGCCUUCAUUCCCGCUGAGAAUAUCGUGCCCUUUGUAGGGAACAAGGGCAGAUAUGGGAAAGGAGUCCGCAUCCGAGGUUUCACUGAGGGCAUGUGGGAGGUGGAGAACACACCUAGAGUGGGCAGGAAACUGGAGAUAGUUGCUACCCCAGCCAAAAGGGAGAAAAGGCCCGACAAGACCCAGACACCUGCACCAGUCGAGAGGCCUGCCCCGGUGGACAGGAAACCAGAAUCCAACAGCAAACUCUGCUCAAGAGCUGAGAAAAGGAAAACGAAUGAACCUGUUCAGAAGAAAUGUCCUGACAGUCCACCUUUAAGCCCUCCAGUCAUCAAAAAGACUAGAUCAACUCCACAGAACGAUAUGGAGAAGAGAAUAAAUGAGAAGAAAAAGGAGGGCACAGGGGGGAAGCGGAAAAGGAGGGAUGAAGUAGAGGUAGAAAAAGAGCAAAGCAAGAAGCCAAAAGAAGAGACUUUGAAAGAGAACGUCGUCCAGAAGGUGGAAGAAAAGAUUGAGAAGACAGCUGUAGCAGAGGAUGGAUCCAAGGAUGAACCUGUCCAGAAGAAACUGGCCAGUCCAGCUGUUAGCCUACCAGCCGCCAGAAAGACACGAUCCGGAAAGACUUCACUGAACAAGACGGACACGACAACAACGGAGGAGGAGACGAAGAGGAAAAGGAGUGAUGAAGUAGAGAAAGAAAAACACAAGAAAAGGAAGGAAGGCGUGAAGGAGAGAGAGGUAGUACUCGCUGAGGAGAAAGAGGAGGGAGCUGUAUCAGUGAAGGAGAGAGAGGUAGUACUCGCUGAGGAGAAAGAGGUGGAACGUUUUGAAGGAGGGAAAGAAGUGAGCAAGAAGAAAGAGGGCGUUGUUGUGGUAACGAAGAAGGGAAGUGAGGAUGAGGAAGCCAGUGUUGUAGAGGAUGAGGGAUGGAAGGAUGAAGCUGUCCAGAAGAAAACUCCAGCCAGUCCAACUGAAAGCCCUCCAGCCAUCAGGAAGACACGAUCCGGAAAGUAUUCACAGAACGAGGGAGACACGACAGCGGAAGAAAAGAAACCGGAGGCGACAAAGGGAAAAAGGUGGAAUGAAGUAGAUAGAGAACAAAACAAGAAAACAAAGGAUGAUGGCGUCAAAGAGGAAAAGAAAGAGGGUAGCGAGAAAGAGGAGGCUGUGCCGGUGAAGCGGAUUAGGGUAGUAAUCGAGGAAGCAAGGAAGGGAAGUGAGGAUGAGGAAGCCAGCGUUGUAGUGGAUGAGGGAUGGAAGGAUGAAGCUCUCCAGAAGAAAAUUCCAGCCAGUCCAGCUGAAAGCCCUCCAGCCAUCAGGAAGACCCUGUUGGCGAAGACACAGAAUAAGGGAGAGACGACAAUAACAGAAGAGAAGAAACAGGAUGAGACAAAGAGGAAAGGCAGACAGGAAGCAGAGGCAGAGAAAAAACAAAACCAGAAAACAAAGGCAGGUGGUGACCGAGAGGAAGAGAGAAGUGGGGAAGAGGCGGAUGCUGCCGUAGUGAAGAGGAUGAGGGAAGUAGUCGCUGAGGUGGAACGAUUAGGAGGGGAGGAAGAGCGAGACGUUAGUGAGAAGAACAAGGACACUGAGAAGGGGGGGAGAGAAGAGGAUGCAGGUAACAGCCCCAACGACCCCCCCCGACGGAGGCGUCUGGCGGCCAGGAGGCAGAGUGUCCUCAAGUCUCUACAGGGGCUUCUAACUGCUGGGAGGAGCCUGAGGAGACCAACCCCAAAACACGCACUGAAAAAUGUGGAUGGAGGGAAAACCACAGAAGACAAGAAGAAGGAGGAUAGGAAAAAAAAUGAAAAGAAAAAGAGAAUAGAGGACAAGAAAAAAGAGUCAACCAUCACCAGUAAAAGAGAGAGGAAAGAAAAGAAAACUGAUACUAAAUCACUUAAAGGAAAGAAAGUAGAGAGUGAGAAAACUGAAGUGAAAAAAACAGUGGAUGGUAAGAAACCUGCAGAGAAGAUGGAUGGUAAGAAACCUGCAGAGAAGAUGGAUGGUAAGAAACCUGCAGAGAAGGUGGAUGGUAAGAAACCUGCAGAGAAGGUGGAUGGUAAGAAACCUGCAGAGAAGAUGGUUGAUGGAAAGAAACCUGCAGAGAAGAUGGUUGAUGGAAAGAAACCUGCAGAGAAGAUGGAUGGAAAGAAACCUGCAGAGAAGAUGGAUGAUGGAAAGAAACCUGCAGAGAAGAUGGAUGAUGGAAAGAAACCUGCAGAGAAGAUGGAUGGAAAGAAACCUGCAGAGAAGAUGGUUGAUGGAAAGAAAUCUACUGAAAAGAUGGUUGAUGGAAAGAAAACAAAUACAGAAAGUAAAAAAGUGGUGAGGAAAAAAUUGGAGAAUAAAACAGAUUUAGAAAAAUCUGAAGGGAUGAUAUCUGAGGAAAUUAAAAGAGAAAGUACGAAAUCAGUGGAGAAGAAGCUGGAAAGUACAAAAACAGAAGACAAAAUAAUGGAAGAUUCUAAGGGAGAGGCUAAGAAACUUGAGAAGGAAUCAAAGAGAGAGGUUAGGAAACCUGAGAAGGAAUCAAAGAGAGAGGUUAGGAAACCUGAGAAGGAAUCAAAGAGGGAGAUUAAGAAACCUGAGACGGAAUCAAAGAGGGAGUUUAAGAAACCUGAGAAAGAAACGAAGGGAGAGGCUAAGAAACCUGAGAAGGAAUUGAAGGGAGAGGUUAAGAAACCUGAGAAGGAAUCGAAGAGGGAGGCUAAGAAACCUGAGAAAGAAUCGAAGAGGGAGGCUAAGAAACCUGAGAAAGAAUCGAAGAGGGAGGAUAAGAAACCUGAGAAAGAAUUGAAGGGAGAGGUUAAGAAACCUGAGAAGGAAUUGAAGGGAGAUGUUAAGAAACCUGAGAAGGAAUUGAAGGGAGAGGUUAAGAAACCUGAGAAGGAAUCGAAGGGAGAUGCUAAGAAACCUGAGAAGGAAUCGAAGGGAGAUGCUAAGAAACCUGAGAAGGAAUCGAAGGGAGAUGCUAAGAAACCUGAGAAGGAAUCGAAGGGAGAUGCUAAGAAACCUGAGAAGGAAUCAAAGGGAGAGGCUAAGAAACCUGAGAAAGAAUCGAAGAGGGAGGAUAAGAAACCUGAGAAGGAAUCGAAGAGGGAGGAUAAGAAACCUGAGAAGGAAUCGAAGAGGGAUGUUAAGAAAGCAGAACAAGAAUCGACGGGAGAGGCAAAGAAACUGGAGCUGAAGGGGGAAGCUAAAAAACCUGAGAAGGAAUCAGAGGAGGCAAAGAACUCUGAGAAAGAAUUGAAAGGGGAGACCAAGGAACCAGAGAGAGAAUCAGCGAGGGAUGCUAAGAAACUGGAGAAGGAAUCAGAGGGGGAUGUUAAAUCACAGAAGGCUGAUGACAUGUCAGCAGUAAAGCUACAACAGGAGGAGCCUAAAUCCCUUCAGAAAACUGCACCAGGCAUCCAAAAGACAGACAGUGUAUCCAAACCAGCAGGGGUCGUCCAAAAGACAGAUGGUGUAUCCAAACUCCAGACACCCAAAGAGUCCUUCACCCUGACUGAUUCUACUUUACAUCGGAUACACGGAGAUAUACGCAUCUCACUGAAGACUGACAACCCUGACAUCAGUAAAUGUCUGGUGGCUUUGGACCAGCUCAGUAUGGUGUACGUCACAUCACAACACGUCCAGAGACACAGUGAACUCAUCACAACCCUCAGAAAGAUGCGUCGUUUCCGCAGUAACCAGGAUGUGAUGGACAAGGCGUCAAUGCUCUACAACCGCUUUAAGAACGCCUUCCUAUUGGUAAACGAGAAGGAUGACAUCAUCAGCCCUGAGUUUCUCCGUUCUCUGCUGGAGGAGAAAGAGAGGGAGGAGGAGGAGAGAGUGGAGAGAUGGAGGGAGAAACAGAGGAAAAGAGGAGAGGUGCUGCAGGAGGUCCGGAGAAGGAUGAGUCAGCUGGAGGAGAGGAAAGGGGAGAGGAACGGAGGAGAGGAAGGAGUGGGAGAACCAGAAGGAGGUUCUGUCUGAUGAAUGGGAAGGAGAAAGGAGAGGGGAGCAAUGCUCUCCCCUCUUGUCUGAGCAUUAAAGGAGACUUGUUGUCCAGUCUCUCUGCUUUUUGUCCUGCCGCUGCAGACAUUCUGUGCUGUGUUUAGGUGUUCAUUCUGGCUGCAGGUUGCUUAACUUUUCUCAUGUUGUUGUGGUUUUAUUUUGUGUACAUGUUCUGUUGUAUACCAUAGUUGCUGUUACCAUAAAUAGUCAUGUUUUUACAGUGAUAAUGUGUUUUGCAUGGCCGGAUGAGGCUUCAUUUAAACUUCCUCCUCUGCCUGAAGAAGCUUUGUAGCAACCAAUAUUCAUAUCUGCUUUAAUGAGUGUCCCAAUCAGUUAGCUAGUUAGCUGAACUAGUCCCUAGAAGGGUGUAGUACUGAGCAGGAUCAGUGAGUUAAAAAGCUAACUUCCUUUAUUCUAAAAUAACUAUUUUGGGCUUAUACCUUGAAAUGGGCUUGGUUGAUAAAAAUCUAGUUAUUUUUGGUUGUUGGUCCCAGUUAGCUAGCUAAUUUCAUUGAUGUUGUUCGGCUUGCAUACCCUUCAGCAAACUCCGUCCAAUAGCCAUCAAGCUCCGGUUGGGUCAACCCCUGAGCGAAGAGCUUUUCAUGUUAGUCGGGCAGAUCCGCUCUUUCCUGAAACGUAAACAGUAUUUCCGUUUGUGAUCAUCAUGUUAGCUAAAGCCUUGCGCACUUUCAACCCCCGACAGAUGGCAUUGUUCUUCUGUAACUCAUAUAUAUUACACACUCUAAAUACGCUUUUGUAUACAUCUUGGUGCUAUUUUAAACUGUGGCAGUUACUGUUACACACACACACACACUCACACAGGAAACUGUUCUGUGAAUGGUUUUAAAGUUUUUUAAACAGACACACACUUUGGUUUUACAAUGUGGAGUGGACCCCAUUGAUUUUAUCUUACCCUUUCCUGUCAAGUUGUUGUACAGACAUUUUGUGUCUUCCUGUUUACUGUUCCUGACUGUAUUAGUAGCAUUACUUAUUUCAGUUCCUCUAUUGGUCAAUAAACAUUUCUGUCACUUACGAUGACUUCUUA